AUGACUUUGCAACAUGGUUUGCAGCAGCAUACAGUUUUACGAACACAACAGCAUGGACCACAACAACACGAACCACAGCAGCAAUCACAACAUGGAUCACAACAACAAUCACAGCAAGGAUCACAGCAAGAGCAACAACAAGGAUCACAACAUGAACUACAACAUGAUUUACAGCACGAGCCACAGCCACAACCACAUCCACAUCCACAACCGCAACCGCAUCCACAACCGCAACCACAUCCACAGCCUGGCAUAUUAAUACAUGCACGACAAAUGUUUCCUCAUUUGACAAAUCCAGCAAAUUGGGUUGAAAUGAAUUUGGAAUGUUUAGCCAAUGAAAUAUUACUUGAUCUUUUUGAAUAUUUCAAAAUUGAAGAUCUUUUUCAUACAUUUUACAAUAUUAAUUAUCGAUUUAAUAUUCUUCUUCUCAAAUAUUUUCACUCAUAUCAUCUUGAUUUUCAAUCUAUAUCCAAAUCUGAUUUGCAUGUUAUAUGUACAAAAUAUCUUCCAUUAAUUCGAAAUCAAAUUAUUUCAUUACGUUUUUCUGAUGAUAAUAAUACACCAGUACAAUCAAAAUAUAUUCCAAUUUAUUUUCCAUCGUUUCUUCAACUUUCUCAUUUACGUGCACUUUCAUUCUACUGUAUUAAUUCUUCAAAUCUCAUGGAAAGAUUAAUAAUUGAAUGGCAUCAAUUACCAUAUCUUACGAAUUUAAGUAUCAUUAAUUGUAAUUUUACAGUGAAAAUUGAUUUUCAUACUAUUAUUAAUAGUAUUUGGAGUCUUGAUCAUUUAGUAUACUGUUAUUUAAAUGAUAUAUAUGGCACAUGGACAAAUUUUAUUGCCCCGGAUGUCACAUCAUUAUCAAUGCAAUAUUUAUCCUAUAAAAAUGGUUCUAUGGAUUGGAAUGUAUUACUAAAAUUACUGAAAAAUACACCUUAUCUUCGAUCUUUAAACACAAAUAUUAUAGAUUAUUCUGAGCCUGGAAAAGAACUUUCAGUUAAUACCACUUUCACGUUAACUCGAUUGAGCGUAUACAUGAGAGUUACGACAAGUACGUUAUUUUUUUGGAAAUAUUUACCAAAUUUAUCUCAUCUAACAGUUCAUAUGGAACGAUUUUAUCUUGAUGGAAAACAGUGGGAAUAUAUUAUUCGAACUUAUUUACCUAAAUUAAAAAUAUUUCGUCUAUAUAUGGACUUAGCAGCGGAUGACUAUCUUCAAGAUCCUGCUAACGAUGAACUCUGGUCACAUGUUUUCAAUUUGCAAAAACUACAAAUACUUACGUUUUAUGCAGAUAAACAAUAUGAUCAUCCUGAAAAUGAAUUGCAAUUACUGCUUAAUCGUAUGCCGAAUCUUCAUACAUUAGAAUUAUGUCUUGAUGAGGAUGAGAUUGAAUAUAAACCGUUUUUCAACUUAAAACAUAAUUCUAUUCGGUGUUUAGAUUUUGCACACUAUACAUUUAAUCGUGAAGAAUGUGAAAUAUUGAUUCAUAGUCAAUUAGGUCAAAAAUGUGAAGUUCUUAUGUUAUCAAUUAAACAUCUCGAUGAUAUACUUCAGUUAAUUAAUCAAUUAAGAAAUCUUCGAUCAUUAAAAAUACGUUUAUUGCAAGAUGAGGAUAGUCUAUUGAUUUCUUCUGAGAAUGAACUGAACGAAUGGUUAACACUUCAUUUACCAUCAAUAUGUGAUUUCAGAAUCCAUAAUGGUAUCAUGAAUUUUUCAUAUACUUUUUAUGUUUAG